AUGAGACCAAAACGCAAGUCGGAGAGUACGGUGACUCCAGACCGCCCAGAGAAAAUGGCCAAAUCUGUCAAGAAGAGCACAAAGCCAGAUGAAGAAGUCUAUACCACGCAGCAAAAGGCGGCAAUCCAGCAGUUUAUAAAUUUCACUCAACUUGACCGUAACUCGGCUAUAAGGGCGCUGAAAAGCCAUGGCUGGGACGCACAGAACGCCGUGAACUCGUAA